AUGCGCGGCUCCCGAUUGGCUGGAGGCGCCGCCGCCGCCACCACCAACCCCGUGACAUGGGUGGGGCCUCCGCCACCCUUAGGCAUAGGCGCAAAAGGCGCCGCAGGGAGGAACAACAACGGGGCUCGAUUGGCUCAUGGUCCGGGAUCUGUCUUGGUGGAGUCGAAGCGGUUGUAUACGCCACAAGCAGAAAGAAAGAGAUUUUACAAGAAUGUUACCAUCUCCCAAGGUGAAGGUUGCAAGACAUCUUAUUACACAGAAACCACCUUGUGCAACACAGCUUUGGACAACCCGUCCCAGCGAAGUAAAGAUCAGCUCAUCCAAUCGGCUGUGAAAUUCUUAGAGACAGAUACCAUCUGCUACCGGGUGGAGGAGCCCCCUGCCUUGGAGGAGCUGCAGAGGAAUGAAUGGGAUCCAGUAAUCAAAUGGGCUGAGGACAGGUACGAGGUUGUGAUUGGUUCCUCAACCAGCAUCAUGGGCCCCAACAUCCCACAGCGCACCAAGGAUGUCUUCGUUAGCCACCUAGCAUCCUAUAACAGCUGGGCCCUCCAAGGCAUAGAGUACAUGGUAACACAGCUGAAAUCAUUGAUUCUCUCACUGGGCCUGCUUGACAAGCAUCUCACUGUGGAGGAGGCUGUCUUGCUCUCCCGCCUGGAGGAAGAAUACCAGAUCCAGCACUGGGGCCAUGUGGAAUGGGCCCAUGACUACGACAUGUACGAGAUGCGCGCGCGCACCGCGGCGGCCACCCUCUUUGUUGACCUUUGCUCCGGGAGUGCCACCGUCAAGCACAAGCUGCUCCAGGACUGAGGUUCUCGGAUGGAAGAGGGCCCAGAGAGAUCCGAAGGUGGCUCGGGAGGGCCCGGCUCUUUGGACUGCUGGGAUCGGAGGCCCUGCCCUGGCCCUGCCGAAGUCGACUUGGUGCUGAUGGCCUGUCGCCUCCCCUCUGGGUUUGAUGGGGUGUGUGACGGGGGAGCGGGGCGGAGAGGAUCAGCGUGUGGACAUCUUGGCGUCUCCUUCCUUCCCUUUGCUGCCUCUGACUGGCUUUUUCAAAGCGGUGCAUUUUAGCUCUCCUUCACUCCCUGGACUGCUCCUUUGACCUUAUUAGAUGUAGCUCCUUAAGCACUGUCUUCCUGAAUAAAGCUGCUGGGGGGGGGGAAUGAAAUUA